AUGUCCUUGCCAGAAUCAUCUUUACGGCUUUUACGCAUGUUUUUCUCCAAUCAAAGCCAAUGCGAUGCGAUCACGGGGGAGUCCGUGCUGCGAACGUUUUCGCUCGCCGAGCGCGGAAAGUGGAUGUCGUUGCUGUACGCGUCGCUCAGCGUCCCAGUGUACUUGGCCACAUUUUAUUUCGGCGUCUCGCGUGUGCGCCACGAAAAGCGAUGA